AUGCGGGUGUUUUGCAGCGGUGAGAUCGCCUCUAAAGCUCCAGCGCAGGGUGUGAAUUCAGCACCAGGGGAGAGGGGACAGUUUCUGACGCCGCAACACGCAGCAAGACUGAGAAAAACGGCACGGAUUUGUUCUCUUUUGCUCUGCCAAGGUCAGUGUUAAACGAAGUGAAAACAGCCGAAAGAUGUGUUGGACUCUACUGUCGCCCGCUGUUUUCGAUUUUGAUCAUAAACACGCUCUGAGGAUUCAGUCGAUGUGAAAGAGACGUUUAUGUGGGCAUUUUCAAACUGGAAGUCUGGACACAAGUGCAGGUUAGAUGCAGCAUGGAUCUGUUAUAAAAGACUGCCUUAUCUUCUCCCUUAAUGUCUCUAUCUACCAUUUUUCGCCUCACUGAUGUAGACUGAAUUCACAGCUCGUAUGUCUUGAAACCGGGAAUGAAUUUUCCACGUUGAAAAAUGCUGCUUUGGAUUGUUCUGCUGAAUGCGGCUCUUUGUGUUGCUGGUGGAAAUGUUACAAGGGACGUUUGUAAGGAGCAGAUAUGCUCUUGCAACGAUAUCGAGGGAGAUCUGCACAUAGACUGCGAAAAAAGGAGCUUCACCACUCUGCAGCAUUUGACUGGCCCGAGCUCGCAUUUUUAUCACCUGCUGUUACACGGAAAUUCUCUAUCCAGGCUAUUUCCCAACGAGUUCGCCAACUUUUACAAUGCUGUGAGCUUGCAUUUGGAAAACAAUGGCUUGCACGACAUUGUCCCCGGCGCCUUUCUGGGACUGCAGCUGGUGAAAAGGCUGCACAUCAAUAACAAUAAGAUACGAUCAUUCAGGAAGAGUACAUUUCUGGGGUUAGACGACUUGGAAUAUCUCCAAGCUGAUUUCAAUCUAUUGAGGGAUAUUGACCCCGCUGUUUUCAGGGACCUAAACAAACUUGAAGUGUUAAUACUUAACGACAACCUCAUCAGUGCGCUACCUAUAAACGUGUUUCAACAUGUGCCCAUUACGCAUCUCGACUUGCGGGGGAACAGAAUCAAAACGUUGCCUUAUGAGGGGGUCCUUGAGCAAAUACCGGGCAUUGCGGAGGUUUUGUUGGAGGACAACCCGUGGGACUGUAAUUGCGACCUGGUUUCUCUUAAGGAAUGGCUGGAGAACAUACCGCAUAACGCACUCAUUGGGAGGAUGAUAUGCGAGGCUCCCACCAGGCUGCAGGGGAGCGACCUGAACGAGACGUCAGAAGCGGACCUGUGCCCUUCACAGAGCGGCGGCGUGGACACCAGCCUGGUCGCCCCUCCCACCCAGGAGGAUACCUCUGCGAGCUCGGCUCUGGCCCCGCGUCCCACGCCUUACAAGCCCAGCAGAGACACCAGCGGUCCCCCCAACUCUGGCCACGGACCCAAGAGCCGCUCCAAAUCUCGUGAGAAUUGGCAGCUAAAAACGAGGCCAACUCCAGUGGUGACAGGUAUGAACGGGGACAGAGAGCUGCCUCACAACAUGACGUGCCCCCAGCCUUGCAACUGCAACCUGGUCGGCACCAGACAGGGCCUGGGGGUCUUGUGCGAGGGCAAAAAGAUCGAAAGCUUAUCCAACCUCAAGCCUAAGCCCCUGGCCGCACACGAAUUGAACAUGAGAAAUAACAACAUACACGCAGUGAAAAAGAACCACCUCCUCGGCUACACCAGCCUCAACCUGCUUGAUUUGGGGGUGAACAACAUCAAGGUGAUUGACAACAGCACUUUUAUAAACCAGAGCGAGCUCAGAUGGCUGUAUAUGGAUAAGAACUAUCUGGAUAUGCUGAUAGCAGAGAUGUUUGUGGGCCUCGGGAACCUGGAAUAUCUCAGUUUGGAAUACAACCACAUCCAGAUGAUAGUGGCAGGUGCAUUCAGCCCUAUGCCUAAUCUGAGGGUACUGUUCCUCAAUGACAACUUUCUGAAAUCUUUACCAAUGGAUGCUUUCCUUGGAAUUUCUUUGUCCAAAAUUAGUCUUCAUAAUAAUUAUUUCCCCUAUCUCCCCGUGGAGCGAGUGUUAGACCAGCUCAAUUCAAUCAUACAGAUCGAUUUGCACGGGAAUCCGUGGGAUUGCUCGUGCACCAUCGUGCCAUUCAAGCAGUGGACGGAGAAACUCGGGGCAGAUGUGAUAGUGAGUGAUCUCAAAUGCGAGUCACCCGAAGAGUUCUGGAAACGAGAUUUCCGCCAAGUCCGGAACGACCUCAUGUGCCCAAAACUCUAUGACAAAGUCUCCCCCACACCCGUGUCCAAAAACAGCACUUUCACCCAGGACUCGGGGACGCGCCCGAACUCUUAUUUGGAGCCGAACAGGGUGUCUAUCUCUGUGCUCGUCCCCGGGUUGCUGUUGGUGUUCGUCACGUCCGCUUUUACUGUCGUGGGGAUGCUUGUGUUUAUCUUGCGGAAUCGAAAGCGAUCAAAGCGGAGGGACGGGAACUCCUCCGCCUCGGAGAUCAAUUCCUUACAGACAGUGUGUGACUCGUCGUAUUGGCACAGUGGGCCUUAUCACGCAGACGGGGGCGCGCACAGGGGCUUCGACUGCAGCACGCACCUUUCCACGACAAAUGAUGCGUAAAGAGACUGUGGGUCUAGUACAAUGAGCCCAUACCGGACUGGAUUACAAACAUGUCAUAUAGACACACUGACGCACUUACAUGACUGAACAUCAUCCAGCUUUUGUUCGUCAGUGGCGAACACAGACUUGUUUAUGUCUUGUUUUCUCCAGUUGAACCAAGUAAGUCUGCUGCUGCACAGGCCCUACUCUGUAAUAUAUGUAUAUGCCAAGCCCCCCUGGCUAAAACCCCUCCCUUCCUCCUCCUCCCAGUUCUGCUAUUUGCCGCAAUCGGACUACGGAUAUGAGACAGAAAAAAGGGAGAAAAAGAAGCGAGGGAGAGGGCGUGUGUGUGUGUGUGUGUGUGUGUGUGUGAGUGAGAGAGAGAGAGAGAGAGAGAGAGAGAGAGAGAGAGAGAGAGAGAGAGCGAGAGAAAGAGAGCAAAGACCGAGGACCCAGGAAAUGGUGCACGAACGCAUGAAUGUAAAUGUAAAUACUCGGACCGAUGUAUCAUAAUCUGCAUGAUGAUAUUUCGCAUGGUUUCAACACACACACGACGGCGAGGAACCAUAACCACCAUAACCAACAAAGAAGCAAACUCGACCCUUUCAUGUUAUAUCAAUAUGACGACAAUAUAUAGAUAUUAAGAAUUAUAUAUGACUAUUACAAAGUGCCAUUUCUCUAUUUUUUGUGAACCUGCAGUUAGGAUUUGUAUUUGUUGUUUUAAACUUGUUUGGAGAAAAGAGAAAAAAAAAAUAACUGAUAACAAUGACUCUUGGAGAAGAGCGAUGGAAGUGCUGUCAGUGCAUGUUAUUUUCUGUUUGUUAUCAUUUGAUUGUCGAUAAAUAUUGGGGUUAUUUAUACCGUACUAGAUGGUGCAGAUUAAAUCCAUGUCUGCGCAGUCAUCAUCUCCUUUAUGAAUGUAAACUGUGUUAUUUUAUGGUGUGCCAAUUGUUGACUUUCAGAUAUUCAGACAUGCAGAUGAGCAUGACCAAUUAACGUCACUCAGAUGCUUAUGCUGCAAAGUUAAUGUAGCUAAAAUAACAGUUCUGUGGUUUUGUGUGUCAAUGAAUAUAGCCUGCUUUGGGUGAGAGGAAGAAAAAAAAAAACAA